GUGGGACCCUGAACGCCUCGGAGCCAGACUGUUGUCAAGAGAGGCGUUGCUAACUAACACACGGUGGUGGUUAGCUCGCAUGUUGAAGAGAAGUUCAGGUGUUUCUUUUUCAAACAACAGUAUUGGCCUACGUGCUACAAGAAGAACAUGCUGGGGAGUAUCUGGCAGUAUGUCUACACAUCCUUCCUGAGGUACUGGCUGAAAUGGUUUAUCAGACAGGCAACAGGCACUUGUGAGCUGCAGAGGAUAUGCUCUGGAUACAAACCUGGGGCAGCAAGAACUGCAAAAGCAGAAUAUUCUCUGCGGUCAUCAAAGAACAAGGUUUUGAGAGUAGCGUUGGAAACAGGCAAGAAUGACUUGGAACACAGUGUGGAUCAAAUAAUGAAAGAGAAGAAUGUCAAACCCCAGAAGGACCCGCUGUUCAGGGAAAACCUCCACAUCUGUCUGUUACAGAUUACAGGCUACAGCAGCCUUUUUGUUUGUGUGGAAGACGUUAGAAAGGAGGUUUUUGACUCUGAGGACCAAAAGCAUGAGGCCAUGCUGUUGAAGCUGUGGGAUCUGUUGAUGCCAAAUGUCAAACUGGAGUCCAGGAUCACCAAGCAAUGGGGAGACAUCGGGUUCCAAGGAGAUGACCCAAAAACUGACUUCAGAGGAAUGGGCAUGCUGGGCCUAAUCAACCUUGUUUUUUUCAGUGAAAACUACACAGAGGAGGCUCGGCAGGUGUUGUCUCAUGCAAAUCAUCCUAAACUGGGGUAUUCUUAUGCCAUCGUUGGGAUCAACUUGACUGAAAUGGCCUACAGCCUCAUGAAGAGUGGUGCUUUGAAACCCCAUUUCUACAACACAGCACAGGGCACACCUGAGCUCAAAGACUUUCAUCAGUUAUACUGUUAUCUGGCAUAUGAAUUCGAUAAAUUCUGGGUGGCAGAAGAACCAGAGAGCAUCAUGCAUUUCAACCAGUACAGAGAAAAAUUCCAUAACAUAGUCAAGACAAAUCUGCAGGACCCCAAUGUAUCCCUCACAUUGACUGUCAGCUCUAAAAACUAACAUUCACCCAAAGUGUUGUAUGGCCUCUAUGGAUCCUGGCGUUAUUUGAUCAGGUAGACGGAGGUCAGAAGCAUGAAAGCAGACUGAAACCAGUGAUUUCCCUCAAAAAUUGGAGGAAAUAAAGACCUCCAGUGUUUGGUUUUUUUGAUCCUUUGGUCCUGCCUUUUUCCUCUUGUCACAGUGAUAGUCAAAGGUUUUCAGAACACAGCACAAAACUAAAAGCUUAUACCUCAAAAAAAUGACCAAUCCCUUGUUUGAUUAACCUUUGUUGAAGGGAAGUAAGAGCUGCUGCAGGAAGCUGUAGUGAUAACAGGUCUCUCUUUUGUAAGGGUUAGUGCACUUUCUCUGAGAAAGCAGCCAAAUAGUUGUUGUAAAAAACAGUUAUUAAAUUGUUGAUUUACCUCUGUUUCUGCAGCUGUCUUUUUUGUACUGUAAACAAGACUUGUGUGUUCUUACAGUUGUCCUGCUAAAGAUAAUACCAGUACAUGUGUGUCUUAAAGUCUCCUCUGCUGUCAUCUGUAUUGUGGAAUAUAGGUGAUGUUUGCCUCCAUGUUCCUGCAGUGUGAAUGUCUAAAUAAUACCUUUAUACUGUUGUUUUAUGCUGUGAUUUGCCUUUGAGGAAGGUAUUUAAUAAUUAACACAUUCUACUCAAAAGUGAAUAAACACACAAUUUGAUGUUUUGAAAA